AUGUUGAAAGCUAAUUUUUUGCAAGUUACAAGGAAGAAUGCAUUCCACGUAUCUAGAAUUAUAAGGGAAGAGAUUACUGGGGCAGAAGGGCCAAUUGCCCAAGUAUCCAAGCUAUCCAAAGAUCAAUUGAAAAAAAGGGAGUUACGUAGAUUUACUAUCAGAAAGAGAGAAGCUAAAAUGCCAGCAACUUCGCAUCCUUUAUAUAUGCAAGUCCCACAAGCUUUACGCUUUCUAAGAGCAGCAGAAGUUGGUCAACCCUUGUCUCAGCAAACUAUUAAUCUUACUACUUUAGUUGUUAGUGAAAAGGGUUCACCAAAUUUGGCAGGAGAUAUUGCGUUUGUAACUCCUUUAAAAGAGGUUAAAAUUGCGAUAUUCACUAAUGAUGAAACUCAAAUGAAAAUUGCAAAAGAGAAAUUCAAUUGCUACGUAGUUGGCGGUAGUGAACUGAUCAGUAAAAUAAAAAAUGGUGAAAUUGAAGUUGAUUUUGAUAAAGCAUUUGCUACCCCAGAUAUAGUUCAAGAACUUGGAAGCGUCGCAAGAAUAUUAGGUCCUCGUGGUGUUUUCCCAAGUAUCAAAAAGGGAACCGUUUCAGAAAAUGUUGAAGAUCUAAUUAAAGGUAAUUUAGGGUCCAUCCCAUUCAGACAACUUGGAAACUGUAUUAGUGUUGCUAUUGGUAAAUGUAAUUUCAGUGAUAGACAGAUUUUGGAAAAUUUAAUUUCAGUAAGAAAGGCAUUUAAAGAUUCUGUAAGUACUCAAAAGACAAAAAAACCAAGUAUAUUAGGAAAAACUAUAUUAAGCACUACACAUGGUCCAGGUAUCGUAAUCGACUUCUCUUAA